CCGGGCUGCAGGCAGCGGGCGCCAUUGUGAGCAGAGCCGGCUCGGGCAGGAGGCCCGGGCGCCUGGGUCCCCGAGGCUGGCUGCAGCGCGGCGACCCGCCCGCCCGCCAGGGUCUGUGACCUGGUCCCCAGGAGGGGCUACUCCCUGUUGCCAUGAGAGAGACUUUGGAGGCCCUCAGCUCUCUGGGAUUCUCUGUGGGACAGCCAGAGAUGGCCCCCCAAAGUGAGCCCAAGGACAGGUCUCAUAAUGUCCAGGGGCAGAUGUCCUCCUCCAGUGAAGAGAGAGCACUGGGUACAAGCUCAGGGCAUGAAGCCCCUGGUCCAGAGGAAGGAGCCCAGACAGAACAAGCCGAGGCUCCCAGCAGAGAAGGACAGGCAUGUACUCCACAGAAGGCUGAGCCGGUGGGCUCCUGCUCAGGAGACGAAUGGAUGAUUCGGAAGGUGAAGGUGGAGGAUGAGGAACAGGAGGCAGGAGAGGCUGUCGAAUGGCCCCAGCAUCUCUCGUUACUUCCCAGCCCUUUCCCAGCGCCUGAACUGGGACAUCUGGCUGCUGCAUACAAACUGGAGCCAGGGGCCACGGGGGCAUUAGGCGGGAUCGCGCUGUCCGGGUGGGCCCCGAUCCCGGAGAAGCCAUAUGGUUGCGGGGAGUGCGAGCGGCGCUUCCGGGACCAGCUGACGUUGCGGCUGCACCAAAGGCUGCACCGGGGCGAGGGCCCCUGCGCCUGCCCGGACUGCGGCCGCAGCUUCACUCAGCGCGCCCACAUGCUGCUGCAUCAACGCAGCCACCGCGGGGAAAGGCCUUUCCCGUGUUCCGAGUGCGACAAGCGCUUCAGCAAGAAGGCCCACCUGACCCGCCACCUGCGCACACACACGGGCGAGCGACCCUACCCGUGCGCCGAGUGCGGCAAGCGCUUCAGCCAAAAGAUACACCUGGGUUCGCACCAGAAGACCCACACAGGCGAGCGGCCCUUCCCCUGCACUGAGUGUGAGAAGCGCUUUCGCAAGAAGACGCACUUGAUCCGGCACCAGCGCAUCCACACCGGCGAGAGGCCCUAUCAGUGCACGCAGUGCGCACGCAGCUUCACGCACAAGCAGCACUUGGUGCGGCACCAAAGGGUGCACGAAGCAGCUAGUCGAGCCCAGCCCUCUCCCGACGCGCCUUCUUCGCCGCAUUCCCCCGCCGAGUCCUCCACCCCGUCCCCUCCUGGACCGAAACCUUUCUCCUGCUCUGACUGUGGCCUGAGCUUCGGCUGGAAAAAGAACCUCGCCUCACACCAGCGUCUGCACCGCAGCGAAGGUCGCUCCUUUGGGUGCGACGAUGGCGCACUGGGAGCCACCGUGGACCCCGCUGCUGCCGAACCCUUAGCCUGCGUGCCCCGUGGGCCAAGUUGUGGGCCAAGUUGCGGCCCUGCGUCGGGCACAGUGACGCCCCAGCGCACCCCCUCGGGCGAAAGGUCUUUCUUCUGCCCUGACUGCGGGCGCGGCUUCGCCCACGGACAGCACCUGGCUCGGCACCGGCGCGUGCACACGGGCGAACGGCCCUUCGCCUGCGCGCAGUGCGGUCGCCGCUUUGGCUCGCGGCCCAAUCUUGUCGCCCACUCCAGGGCCCACAGCGGCGCCAGGCCUUUCGCCUGUGCUCAGUGUGGCCGCCGCUUCAGCCGCAAGUCGCACCUGGGCCGUCACCAGGCGGUGCACACGGGCAGUCGCCCCCACGCCUGCGCCAUCUGCGCCCGCAGCUUCAGCUCCAAAACCAACCUGGUCCGCCACCAAGCGAUCCACACCGGCUCCCGCCCUUUCUCCUGCCCUCAGUGUGGCAAGAGCUUCAGCCGUAAGACCCACCUGGUGCGGCACCAGCGCAUCCACGGCGAAGUGGUGCACCAGGCCUCAGAGACCGACCUCUCCGCCCCAGCCUGGCCGGCUCCUACAGAGGUGGCACCGCCCCCGCUCUUCUUCUGAGCCCAGUUCUCACUGGGAUCCUUCCUUUGCUCACAGRUUCCAGAGAAUUGUGCGCCAGAGGGCCUGGGCUGCUGCCGGAGGCCUGCACUCCUUUGGCCACCGUCCUAUCUUCAGCGUAGGGAGAUGUCCGCAAAGCCUACCCAGCUUUGGCGUUCAUGACACAGAUAGUGCAGAGAGAACCCCUGCGACUCAUGUGGGAAAGCAGACGUUUCCUGGGUCAGGAAUGGUCAAGAGCCGGCUGGGUGGAGAACCUCUACCCAGA